GCGGCAACUUUCUCUUGAAAUUCACACCUUUGGGCGCGUUGAACUCUUUGUCUCAGUGUAAAUUAUAAAGUAGUGCAUCUAACAUAUUCAAAGCCAUAAAAAUGUCGAGUCUAAGAAAGUGGCUUCGUCGAAAGCAACCCUCGCCUAAAGCCGAACUUGAAGUGCCUGAAAACUCAGAAGUUGACCCAUUACCAUUUCUACCAACUAAACGCAAUCCUAUUACUCCAUCACCAUCAACUGAUUGUCUCCUCAAUAUUGAUAGCUACGGUAUCUUUGGAAAACUUCCGCCGGAAAUUCGUCGCCAAAUUCUGAUCCAGGCGUUUGGCAACCGUACCUGGCACGUGGACCUAAAUUAUAUACCCUCUCAAUUAAAUAUAGCCCACCAAAAAAAACAACUUUCGAGAGAUACCUAUCUAAAAAACCCUGGUUUGAAAACGGACGACGAAGAGAGUCCAAGUUGGCAAUGGUUUAGCUGUGAAUGUUUUCGAUGGGAACAUUGGCAUCGUGGUGUUAAGUAUCCAGGGCACAUGCACCUACCCUACGGCGAUAAUUGCUUGGGUGGCCAGGUCUGUUCAUGUGGUGGUGAUGGAAAGCAUGUGAGAAAACCUAGAGAGCAUUCUAUUGGUAUCAUGGGAUGGCUUCUUUCUUGUCGUAUGGCAUAUCAAGAGGGCAUGGAUAUUCUUUUCACAACAAAUAAAUUUCACCUACACAAACCAAAUUUAUUGUUGAACCUAUCUCGUCUUCUGCCCCUCCACAGACUAGAGAGUAUUCGGUCAGUGGAGCUGAUCUGCUACUUUUGGGACCUUCAAUUGGCAGGGCAAAGUACAGACGAUAUAAUCCACGAGUUUAUACGGACGGCCUCUCUUUUUAGUCGCGUUCGCUAUAUGCAUAUCUCGUUAUAUGGUUACCUUAAGCCAGUACACCGUCCAGGCGAGGCUCUGGAAGUGUAUGGAUUAGAUAAGAUUAGGGAUUUGGUUUGCGCACUUGGUCCGGGAAAAAGUGAAAUUGAAAUUUGCAUCGAAAAAGGGUCAUGGGAAGCACUGGUGCGAAGUCACGUGGCAUUUUACCCAAAAAACCUGAGAAUUGAAAGGGAUAGUGAGAUGAACUGGCGGUUUUGGAAGACGAUUGAUCUGCGUUUUGGGGAGAAGCUGGGCUUCUGGAUAUGCUCUGGAUGGGAGGACCCGGGCCGGACAUUCCGCCACAAGGAAGAUGAAUGGGGUGACAGUCCUGAAGCCCCACCUAUUUGUGCCCUACUAUCCUCUCUUGAGAUAGAUGUGAAGCAUUGGGACCAUUUAAACAGAUGAGGACAGCUCGAUCUUCAAGUUGGGAUAGAUCAUGGAGUCUGGGUAGUGCUAGCUAGAGUUGAGGCUUGGGCUUAUGACCCGACUCUGUAUCUAUGUAUGACGCUUGGCUGGCAGUGACCGGGGGCAGUCUAGUCAGGUGACUAGGCUCAACGUGUUAAAGAGUAUAUAUGGAUUUUCUAUGGAAUACACUUCUUUCAUUGAUAGUGUUUCUACGGCCACUCAACUUGUUGGGAACUUGACAGGGAAAGUGUUGACGAGCAAACAGCUACCUUACUCAAAGGAGAAUCCAAGUCUCAUGCACAACCUCCGUGUCUCUUUUCAAUCCACCUAUUUUGACAGGUAUUCGACCCCUAGUAUCCUGAUCAACGAACUGUCUGUGUGCUCCAG